CAAAAACGCGCGGACCGCCGAGUGUGGUAGACCGUGAGGAGUUAAAAAAUGGAGAAGAUGACAGUGGAACUUGCUAAAAGAUGAAGCUGUGCCAUUAGAAGAAGCUAUUGAUAAAGCUGGAUUUGGCCUCUACAGCUACUUACUGAUCUGUCUCACCGGCCUUGGGAUUAUAUCAUUCGUCUGCAUCAGCUAUGGAAGCACCAUCCUCAUUCCCGCGAGCGCCUGUGAGCUGAAGACCACCACUGGUCAGCAAGGGGCGCUCGCUGCAGCGCCGGUAGUAGGCUCAAUCAUCGGCACGCUAGUAUGGGGGUACUUAGCAGACACGCGCGGUCGCAAGAAAAUGCUCAUGUACUCCUUAUUGGGCGCCGCUAAGAUCAACGCCUCCGCUAGCAUCUCUGUCAACUGGAUCAUGCUGAUGUUGUUACAGUUCGUGGCGGCCAUUUUUGCCUCCGGUAUAUAUACGAUGUUCAUGGCUUUAUUAUGUGAGAGCGUCCCGAUGGUAAGGCGUAACAUGGUAGUCCUGUUAGUUACCAGUAUCUUUCUGCUUUCACAGGGUGUAAUGGCAGUUUUGGCCAUACCCAUCAUCCCUCUGAGCUUCUCUAACUACCUCCCGACAUUGGGCGUCUACUGGAAUUCUUGGCGGACGCUCGUCAUCGUGUACUCUCUGCCGAGCAUUGUCGCAGCAAUCUGCUUAUACUUCAUGCAAGAAAGCCCCAAAUUUGUCUACACUAAGGGAGACAGGGAACAGGCUUUGCAACAUAUAAUCGCAAUUCACAGAGUGAAUAACAUGAGAUCUCGUGCAGAAUAUCCGGUAAAGAGCCUGGCAGUAAAUUUAGAUAAGAAAAGCGAAGAGCAAUCAUCGGCAAAGGAUCAGAUAGUACCGCUGUUCCAGGCGCCACUUCUCAAAUACACACUCGUAAUGAUGUCACUAUUCGUCUUUCAACAAAUUGGAGCCUUCGCAGUGUGGCUUCCGACGAUACUGAAUCAGUUUGUCAGUAUGAUUGAAACAGGGGAAGGUACCAACCUGACAGUAUGCGGGGUCUUACGGCUAGGUAUAGAAAAUCCUGUCGAACCAGAUCCUGACGCAGUGCCGUGCGCCCUCAACGUAACCGCUCUUCUUAUGGUGCUGUUGGUGGGAGUAUUACAGUCCGUUGUCAACAGUCUUAUGAGUCUGGUAGUCAACAGAGUCGGCCGCCGUAACCUUGUGAUGAUGAUCAGCUCUGUGUGCGGAGUCUGUGGUAUCAUAAUGAACGUUGUACCCAACGCGUACGGCAGUAUCGCGCUUUUCGGAAUAUUCUUAGUGGGCAUCAUUGUCAUCGGGCUGUAUACUGCUGUCAUCGUUGCCUUGUUCCCAACUAAUUUGAGAGCGUUGGCCAUAGCAUUGCCAAUGAUGUGCGGACGCAUAGUAACUUUCGCAGUCGUACAGAUCUUGAACGUAUUGUUUUCGACCAACUGCGACGCUGGCUUCUAUGUAUUCGCUACUGUUUACGCUUCAUCUGCAAUAGUUGCAUCGUUCCUGCCCGAUGAUCGAAAAUUAGCAUCUCCAGUGGCGCCAUCUCAAAAAGGAAUUAAUAAAGAUAGAAGAAAUAUCACAAAAUAA